AUGGUUGGUGGAAGCAAUGUGGAGGCACCGCUUGGGUCGCCAGUUUCUUCGGGACCGAGUCAGCCUCCCGACAACCAGACUUCCGUCGACAGCCUCCUCCUUCGAGAGCAGGAGUUUUACUACAAUCCGUUAAAUCAUAAGAAGCAUGAAGCGGGCACAGACGACGGAAUACGCGGCCGCCGGAUCCAGGGAAACAAGAUUGCAGCGACCAUUCGACGCAGUGUCGCGUCGAAGAUCCUCGAAAUUCAACGAAGGUAUAGUUCCAGUUCCUGUGCUUCAACGUUCCUCGAAGGUGCAGCUGGUACGAAUAUGAUGCCAAUGAGCAGCACUAGUACCAGCUGUUCCGUUCCUUCUGCAGGAACUGAUGGAACAGUUCUGCAACCGCCGAAUGGUUUGUCCUCUUCUUGUGCCGCCAAAUCUUCACCGGUUUCGAGUGCGAUGUCUAUGAGAACGGACGAACAAGACGCGAUAUCAUUUCACCAUGCCUCUGGAGUAGCAUCGGCCGCCCGGGUUGAAGAAGUGACUUUCGACACCGUAUCAGAGCUUGGUCGGGAGCCAUCAGCCUCUUCGUCUGUGCGGCCGCCUGGAUUGACUGUCGUGCUCGUAGGGUCGAACCCAGCCAGCAAAGUCUACGUUGGGCGGAAACAGAAAGCGUGCGAGGAAGUCGGAAUCAAAAGCACUUUGAGGGAGCUUCCCGAAGAAACGACACCAGAAGAGCUACUCGCGCUAGUCGAUCACCUCAACGCAGAUCCGUCAUGUGAUGGAAUACUGGUACAAACUCUCUCAUGUUGUUGUGAGAGUACUUAAUACACGAGAAAGAAAUGAAUUAUUGCUGUGACUGUGUAUGAGUAUGUCUAUACAACGCGUGUUUUCAAGUACAGCAUUUGAUGUUGGUGCUCUAACACGAACUUGUACUUGUAGACGUGAACCUGCUUUCCAGUGAUACCUUGUUCGACAUGGACUACAUUGUCAACCCUUAAUAUUCGCCAGGUGCAGCUCCCACUUCCGUCACCGGCGCUGCAAGAAAUACAAAGCGAACUGCUUCAGAGGAUUUCGCCGACGAAAGAUGUUGAUGGCUUUCACCCUUUAAACCUGGGGUGUCUCAUGGCACGUGAGCCCAGGCUUCGACCAUGUACGCCAUUGGGCGUUAUGCACCUUCUGUGGUCGACGGGUGUAAAUCCUUACGGACUGCGUUGCCUCGUAGUUGGUGUUUCAAAUCAUGUGGGCCGCCCAAUGAUCAUGGAAUUGCUGCUAAACGGUUGCAGCGUCAUGGCUGUGCACAGAUUCACAAGGGCUGAAGGUACAACAACUAAGAAUAGGCUUACUAGUUUUUCUUUCUGCCUAGACACUUACAGCUGUUGUAGUACUUGUGUCACCCCCUGUCCCGUCAUUGAUGUUGUUGUUCAUUACUGGAGGAUAUGUUCCAAUUCAUUGUCGAUCUUGUGACUCUUGUUCUGUUCAACUUCGAGUAUCGUCCGUUUUAGGUAUGCCGUUGCAUGGAAUAGAUUCUCCUUGGUGAUUGAAGUCAGAUCAAUUAUAACUGUCAUGCAGUAGUUUGAGCGGAGACGAGAGAGCGGGAGUGAGAAUCAGAUUAAGUGCCCUUCUAUUUCUAAGUUUCAAUUCAUUGCCAUAAGUACAUAAGCGAGAAGAUACAGAUUGAUCUGACUUAUGCUCAUCCAUUGGCCUCUAUUUUUUGACAACCAAAAAAACAGACCUGGAAAAUUUCGUUCGAGAAGCUGAGUGUGUGAUUGUAGCGGUGGGCAAACCUGGCAUAAUAAAGGGAGAGUGGAUUCGCGAGGGGGCUAUCGUCAUAGACGUCGGCAUCAACCGGUUGGAUAACGGAAAACUAGUAGGAGACGUGGACUUUGAUACGGCAAAAGACCGCGCCUCGUGGAUUACACCUGUUCCGGGUGGUGUAGGUCCAAUGACCGUCGCGAUGUUGCUACAAAAUACAGCCACAGCGUACGAAAAUCACCUGAAGCAACAACUUGAACAUUCGGUGGAAGGCCAAUGCUAGACUCUUAUCUGCAUCACUUUCAGUAAAUGUAAAGAAGUUAUUUGAGCGGUUUCUGAUUCAAUGAAAGAAU